AAAGUUGGUAAAUAAAUGUUUUACUAAAGGAGUUAAUUUAAUGUUUACAUAAACAAUAGUUACAAAUUUUGAAAUUAGCGAGCUAUAAGGGUUUUAUUUAAAAAAGAAAUAAGAAUGGUAGAACAUUUCGCUUCAGUUGUAUCCAUCCUAACAUAAUAUAGUGCACGUACAUAAAUAUCAAAUGUAAUAUAAAGUAGUCUAUUAUAUUACGACCUAAAUAUAUCUCACCUAUAUCUCAUUAUUUACAAGUUCAGUUACGUAGCAUAUACAUACAUUUACCUACACCAGUACCUGUGUUAGUUAAGUAAUGUAGAAAUUUGGAUUGGUAAACCUUGUUAAAAAUGUUUUAAACCUCAACUAGUAUUUAAUAUUUGUGAAAUUAGUUAAUUUUUUAUUAGUAUUUUUAUAGGACAAUAUCAAAAAUAAAAAUGCGUUUCCGACAAAUUCUAAAAUAUUCUUUGCUUGGCAGUGCUUGCUUGAGUACAGCUUUUAGUUUAAGAAGUAAUGAUUAUGAAAUAUACUCAUUAGGAAUAGUUCGUUUAGCUCGUUCAACAAUUGCUGUAAUUGACAUAGCACAGAUUUACAAAAAGGAAGUUUAUUAUAAAAAAUGGGAUGAAAAAUCUGAAGAGUAUGAUGAAGCUAAGAGUCGAGCGCAUAAAUAUGCUGCAGAUCGCCUUUUGGAUUUAAUAUGCAAAAAUAAAGGAGUAUAUAUCAAAGUUGGACAGCAUAUUGGAGGUCUUCAAUACUUAUUACCGCCAGAAUAUGUAGACACAAUGAAAAUUUUGCACAAUGAUGCACCAAGUAAUCCAAUUGAGGAUUUAUUUAAAGUAGUUAAACAAGAUUUGAAAAAAGAUGUUAAAGAUAUAUUUGAAAGCUUUGAUCCCGAACCGUUGGGAACAGCAUCACUUGCUCAAGUACAUAAAGCAAAGUUGAAAACCGGAGAAACGGUUGCAGUUAAAAUUCAACACCCUUAUGUAAAAGGAAAUUCUUUGGUUGACAUGAAAACUAUGGAAAUUUUAGUUAAAUUAAUGACAUUCAUAUUUCCAGAUUUUAAUAUUCAAUGGCUAGUCGAUGAAACAAAAAAAAAUUUACCUCAAGAAUUAAACUUUUUAAAAGAAGGACAAAACGCUGAGAAGGUGUCAUUGCAAUUUUCAAAAUAUGAUUGGAUAAAAAUACCAAAAAUUUAUUGGAAAUUUUCCACACCACGUAUUUUAGUUAUGGAAUUUGUAGAAGGAGGUCACGUUACUGAUGUGGAAUAUAUCAGAAAGAAUAAAAUUGAUCCAUUCGAUAUUUCAACAAAAAUAGGAAAACUAUAUUCCGAUAUGAUAUUUAUAAAUGGUUUUGUACAUAGUGACCCCCAUCCGGGGAAUAUACUAGUUAAUAAAAAUUCAAAAGGAAAAAGUCAAAUUAUAUUAUUAGAUCACGGAUUAUACGCACAAUUAACCGAUAAAUUUCGUUAUGAUUAUUCAAAUUUAUGGUUAAGUAUAUUACGCGUUGAUCGUGAAGGAAUGAAGAAACAUGCAGUUAAUUUAGGUAUAAAAGACGAACUGUACGGGCUUUUCGUAUGUAUGAUAACAGGAAGACCUUGGGAGUCUAUUAUGAAAGGACUCGAUCGAACUAAAAAAACAGCUGAAGAAAGAAAACAAAUUCAACGUGAUACACAAAAGGUAUUGCCUCAAAUUGCUGUAGUUCUCGCACAAGUUGACAGACAAAUGCUUUUAAUAAUGAAAACCAAUGACCUUAUAAGAGGUAUAGAAACAACAUUGAAAACUCAUAAUCGGAUGACCGCUCUUUGGGUUAUGUCAAAGUGCUGCACAAAAUCGUCAUUUGCUGAAGAAAGAAAAAAGUCAAACUAUCAUGGCAUUAAAAAAUUCCAAUUAUUCAUGGAAGAAAAUUGGGCUAUCUUGAAAUUAAACCUAUAUUAUAUAUAUCUAGGCAUAAAGAACUUCAGUCUGAUAUCAAGCUUAAAACAAAUUUAUUUUCAGUAAAAAAUACUUUGAUAGUCAAUAAAAAACCAAAAUAUGUUUAUUAACUACAUUAAA